ACUCUUCUUCAUCAAUGGCUUUAGCCGGAAAAGUACCUUGGCGUUUGAUAAAACGAUAAAAUUGGGCGGAAAUUGUUUUUCUCCGAGCUACCUCCGUUCGGGAAUGUCGCUACAUUUAGGGCUAUUCAUGGAGAUGAAAUACCAUUUUCAGUCAAAUCAAUGCGGUCGGUGUUUCCCAACUGCAAUUUACUGGAAUCUCAAAGAACCCAUCAUAUUGAGAAUAUCCAAUUCACUUGCAUCUAUCAGACGAUUGGAGUCAAAACCUGCUGCUACUGUACGGUCAUUGUACAAUGCGAUUGAGUUUAAUAGCAAAGAAGUCAAUCCAGGUAGUUUCGAAGUGCAGGCUAUGGACAAAGAUGCUGAAGCUGAUUGCUCCUCAGAGGAUAAGCAGAGUGAUAGGAGGAUGAAAGAAGAGGAAAGGAGAAGAAAGAUUGGAUUAGCAAAUAAAGGAAAGGUGCCAUGGAACAAAGGAAGGAAACACAGUGAAGACACUCGGAGACGAAUCAAGCAGAGAACAAUUGAAGCUUUGAGAAAUCCCAAGGUUCGGAAGAAGAUGUCUGAGCAUCAACAACCACACAGUGAUGAAACCAAGGAGAAAAUAAGAGCUUCAGUGAAACAAGUUUGGGUAGAAAGGUCAAGAGUGAAGCGACUAAAAGAGAAAUUCACUUCAUUUUGGUCAGAAAACAUUGCAGACGCUGCAAGGAAAGGAGGGAUUGGCGAACUCGAACUCCAUUGGGACAGCUACGAAAAUGCAAAACAGGAGAUUUCAUCUGAGCAGCUUCAGUUGGCUGAAGAGAAAGCAAGAACAAAAGAACAAAACAAGUUGAGAGAAGAAGAAGCUGCACAAGCCAGGACCGAGAAGAUGAGGAGAGUCGCAGAACGAAAGAAAGAACGUAAAGAGAGAGACCAAAGAGAGAAAAAGGUUCGAAAACCAAAGCCUAGCAAAGAGAAUGCAACCAUUGCCUCUGGUUCUAAACUGAAGAAGAGACUCACAAAGAUUCACAAGAAGAAAACAAGCCUUGGUAAAAUCGCUAUUGGAAAGGAUAGAGUUGUUUCAGUUGCAGCUAAGCUGGAGAAGCUGGACUUGGAACUGAUAAGGAAAGAGAGAACAAGAGGAGAUAUCUCACUUGCUGAUCAGAUCGAAGCCGCCAAAAACCUACGUGGAAAUGAUUAUUUAUCAAGAUUUGGUCUUUUUGCCAUGAGAUCAAUGGAUUUUGAUUAAAUUCUUUUUCAACUCCCAGUCUAUAGAACUGUCUCUUUACUUGUUGUGCCACGAAAUACUGACAUAAGACUUCAGGAUAUAUAACUAGA